ACCACGUCGUACCGUGAACGUACCGUGGUCACCGUGGUGCCGUGGUCGUGCAGACUAGACAGUACAUAGUCGUCGCAAUGGACCCUGACCUGAAGCGUCGGUUGCUUCAACGCUGCCAGGAAUUGGGCCUUCGCCCGUACGAGGACACGCCUCGCCAGCCGGAAGGCGUCCGCGCCGAUCGCCGCGAGACAACCGCGCGCGAAGAAUCUGCCGCGGAAGGCGGCGAAGCGGGUGCCUCGACGAGCUCGUCCGAGCCGCACGACCCUUCAAGCCGCCGCGAGGACACGCAGUGGUAACUGAUAUUUUUUUAUUAAACGGUGAGUGCGGUGUCGCGUGCCUUCACUAAUCAGCCACUAACUGUCCCUUUGGGUACCGUAACUGGCGAGGAUGGCGAUAAAUGUGUUAUGCUGGUAUUGACUGGCACGAUAUUGUAUGCUACAAGGUGCAGUUGCGGCCACUGCGUUGUGAUGCCCACGACGCGAGAGUGCCUGUGCUGUCAAGAGGUCAGCCAGGUCACCGCCAAGGCCGGCAACAAGUGCAUCACGCGCCACAAAGACUUUUUUGGUGCCAUCCUGAACCCUGUCGUCCUCCAGAUUGCUUAUGGCAUGAGGGCAAUGGAGCUGCACGACGGGGAACUCCUCCGGCAGAGAACGGCCCAUAAGAAAUACAGGUAUGUGGCAUACCGUCAGUUCUCCAGGUGGAUAUGGCAGCGGCUUGGCAAAGGCAACAGGAAAGUCCUGCCCUCCUGUGUCAUCCAAGCCAUCCGAACUGCCUAUCCGUCUGAAGUAUAUCGGGGGUUUGCGUAUCCCGCUCUGUAAACGUAUACAGAGCACAAGCUCUUCUGCUUCAUGCACACAGGGAGUUAUAAUUAGGGUGUGCAUUUUCCGGUUUUAACCGAAAAACACCGAUAAACAUCCGUCGGCGACUAAAAUAU